AUGGCCCAAAGCUACGCUGAGCUCGCACGACUUUCUGGGGCUAACAUCGAGGACGGCUGCGUUGAAAGUUUGAACCAUGUUUUAGAUGAUUGUGCGCUUUAUGACUUCCAUGGACUGGAUCAGGAAGUCCUGGAUCAGCUUCUUCUUCGCAUUCCCGGACUGACCGAUGGUUUGGGUAUAAUGGACGAGUAUGGAGAUGGUAGUGAACUUGUUUAUGGAAGUGCCAUCUACCAAAUCGAGAGGGAAGAGGACGGGAGUCAUGUAGAUCGCAACAUCACAGAUCAAGAGCUGUUCGAUAUCAGAGAAGUGGCUAACCGAGUUCAGAACUAUGUGUACGUGGCAGACGAAGAAGCUAUCGAGAAGAGCAGGGUGAAAAUAUGGUGGUUCGAUGAGUUUGGAAAGAUCAUCUGGGACAGCUACGCUGAAAUCCCAGAUUCCGAUUUGGAUGGGCUGCGCGGUGCGAUGAUGGAUGGGCAAGACUUUGUCGAAAUUGUUGGAGAAGACGGCAAAAGGGGCGGUCAAAUUGCCCGACCAUAG